CGGAAAAGUCACGAUCUCAGUUUCACAGAUCAAUAUUUUUCGUAAAUCUGAAGCCUUUUUUGCUUCACCUUCGCAAGUGUGACGGCGCACCCAAUAUCUUUCAAUUGAUUCAUGUCGAUGCCGAGCACCGUGUUGCACGUCCUGUGCGCAAAACAAAGCCAACAGCCGCCCUCCUUCAGCAUGCCGAGAAGGCAGCGUUGCCAUCCCAAACCAAGGCGAUCAACGAGUUCCACGCUGCAGAGGCUGCUAAGCGCGCUGCUGAACGUUUGUCCCCCGAAACCACAGAAUCUCCAUCCACCUCUCCCAUACCACCAUCGUCAUCUGCUGUCGACACCCACAAAAGGGUGCACCCUGAAGACUUUUUC